AUGGCGUGCUGUUGCGCCAAGAACUCGCGGCUCCGCCCAUCGAUGUCCAGAUCUGGGAGCGGCUCUGGCAAAGCUUCUUUGCCUCCACCCAUCGCCACGAGAACCUUCACCUUCGAUCGCUCAUAUCCAAGCAUGAACAGAUGUACAAAGCGUUUGACCGUAGCUGCAGUGAUCCUCUACACCGCUGCACGCAUUGUGGCGAACGUGGUGAUGGUGGAAACCAUUGGACACUCCAUCUGGACGGAGAUGCACCCGGGCUUCGGCGCGCCGGACCUCGUCGUCCGCCCGGUCAUCACCGGUCUGGGCCUCUUGAUCUUCCUCCUUCGCCCGGAGCGCUUCUCGGCUCGGCCGCUGCACCGCUGGAGCCGGCGCAACGUGCUGCUGCUGGCGGUGCCCUUUUGGGAUCCGUGGUUCCGGCAGUGGCUGGCUGAGGGGAAUAUCAUUCAAGCACCGACCUUCCUCUUGGCCUUUUGGCAAAUGGUCUCCAAUGCGAUGCAAGUGCGCUGCACCAGCCUAAAGCUUCGAUCUUUAGGUUCCAGGCGCUUGGCAAGGUGUACAGACGUGAGCUUACUGAUGAUUCUGGUCCCAGUCACAGCCAUUGGCACCUUGGUCUUGUACUUGAUCCGCAGCAUUUGGGAUGAACCCAUCAACGCCUGGGCGCGAUAUUUCCUGAUCCCCCUGGUCUUGCUCUUCCUGGCAGUGGUGCUGCUUCAGUCCUUGAGUCUCACGACGAAGGCCUGUCGUGCCGUCGGCCGCUACGAGUGGCACGAGAUUCAGUCGACGGUGUGUUGCUUGUGGACCAAUGCGGUGCUCAUCGUCUUGGGGCCGGCGUUGUCCUUUUAUACCCUGGUGGUGCAAACCACUGACUUCUUCUACAUCUCUCAGUCCUAUUGGCUCACUCUGGACUUCAGCCUGCAGAUCUUCAACUCUCUACUGCUCAGUGGAAUGCUGGGUUGGAAGGAGUGGGCACGUCCUUUGGAGGCCUUCCAUCAAUUGGCCGAAGAGGCUGGCUUGGGCUUGGCCUUCAAACGCGUGGCUUUUCCAGGAGCUAUCAAUCCAGAGGCCCAGAGUUGUAUCGCCUCCUUUCCGGGCAAAUAUAGCGAGCUUUGGGACGAUGCCGUGGCCAUCGCGCUGGAGAAGCACGACGUUUGCAGCCUUGCGUGUGUCUUUCUGACGGAUACGGCUUCAGGUCUGGGACGCCACGCGGCGAACCCCGACUGCCCCGGCGACUGUUGGUGUCGAGCGCUCUAUGGCACUGUACCACCCAUCGCCUACUUGAGCGUGGUGGAUCCCAGCUGCGAAGGUGACGAGUUGGCCUUCAAGCAGGCGGACGCGGCGGCCAUGGGGCAACACUUGUUGGUCAAGAAAUCGCACACCAGCACUGUAGAGUCGGAUCAUGAGUUGGCGAACGCCUUGCAGGAGGCUCAACGCCGCGAGAGGAACGAGAGGAACUGCCCCGGGCAAUGGAAGAAGAACAUCCAUCGAGCACUGGAGCUGCAUCAAACCUUACACGUCUUCUACUUCGAGGGCCGUCGAGGUCUUGGGAAGCUCUCCUGGGAUGAGCUGGGCGACCAGGCCGCCAAGGAUCGCGCCAGGAAGAACGGAGGCCUUGGAGCCUCGCAGACGGCAGAGGUGGCGUACCUGGAUAAGUUGGGCGUGCCAUAUGUGGAGCACGACAUAGCCGAGUUCUACUCCUUUGUCUCACAGCAGUCAGUGGAGGUUUCUGUCGACGACAGCUUCAUCGGUUUGGUGCAGCUCACGCAGCACUUCGUGGCUCGCUGUCGGCCGCAGCAGCUGGCGAACGCCUUGUGGAGCUGUGCGGUGUUGAUGUUUCAGCCAGUGGAGCUUUUGACGUUGCUGUGCAGAUGGGCCGUGAAGCGCUUGAGCAACUUCGUUCCGCAAAACGUGUCGAACAGCAUCUGGGCCUUGGCCACGCUGGGCUUCGUGGACGAAGAGUUGUUGGAGCUGGUUCCCAAGCAUGUCGAGGCCAACCUUCAAGACUACAGCCCUCAGGACUUGUCCAACACCUGCUGGGCCUUCGCGCGCCUCCAACGGCCCUGCGACGCGCUCUUCCGCUGGGUCCUCGCAGAGUCGGUGAUGCAACUGAGUCGCUUCCAGCCUCAAAACAUGUCGAACCUGGUUUGGGCAUGUGCCACCGUGAUGUACAAGGAUGAGGAGGCCAUGAUGGCGAUCGCCGUCAGUGCAUGUGCCCGUGUGGCCGAGUUUGGAACCCAGGAGCUGUCCAAUCUCACCUGGGGUCUAGCGACACUGGGCAUCUUCUGUGAGGACUGGAUGGAAGCCAGCGGUGCUGAGAUGAUGAAACACUGCAAGGAAUGUGUGCCACAGGAUCUGUCGAACACGUUGUGGGCCUAUGGCACGCUGAAGCACAAGCGCAACGAGCACAUUCGCGCAAUCAACUGGGAAGUGAUGCGUCAGAUCGAAUGGUUUUCGCCGCAAGGCUUAUCAAACGUGAUUUGGGGUUUGUCAGCCGUCGAAUACCGCGACAUGAAGGCGCUGACGUGCAUCAGCGAGGAGAUCCUGCGACGGCCCGUCGAGCAGCUGACGCCGCCGGAUAUCUCCACGUUGCUCUACAGCUUCGCGGUGCUCGCCUGGACUCACGAGGACGCGCUGCGGAAGCUGCGCCGGGCGGUGCUGGCGAAGAUGGAUCGCUUGGCCUCGAGGGACGUGGCGAACGUCUCCUGGGCCAUGGUGACGCUGUCCCUGCGCGACGACCGGCUGUUUCGCUUGCUCAUGGAGAAGGCCGAGCAGCUGCUGCCGGAGUUCACCGUCACCGGGCUUUGCAACGUCGCUUGGGCUUUCGUCCGCUUCGGCCUGCCGGUGUCCGGUGGGCUGGCGCGCGGCUUGGCUCAGGAGACGCUGCAGCGCCGGGAGGAGCUGUUUGACGAACCCGGCGACGCGGUGCUCCUCGCUGACGCCGUGUGCAGCGAGUGGAGUCACCACGUGGAGCCCUCCGUCUUGGACCGAUGCGAUGCGAUCGGCAGGUGGCCAUACCAAGAGGUGCUCGUCUUCCUGGAAGACUGGACCAACAUCCCCACGAUGGGCAACGGUGGUGGCGAAGUGGAGACCUAUCAGUCACGAGUCACUGGCUUCAAGACGAUCCAGCUGGGGCAGCGGAUGUCGUGCGAGAUGAUGCAGAAGUUCAACAUGUUGGAAGAUGAUUCCAAGAUCUACUUGCCACUGCGGCGCAUGCGCGAGGACUGGCUGCUGCGGAACAUCCAAGUUGCAUAUGAGCAAGAUCCGACGGAUGCGACGAUGAAGCACAAGACAACUUGUACCUGGCAACUGACCCUGCCAGAUGGCUCCUUUCUGCAAGAGCCUCAGGUGGUGGCCAGUGGAACUGCCAUGGACGAGCCCAUCCGUUUGGUGCACUGCUUGGUGGAACAUCCUCGUGCCAACGACGCGGAGUUCCAGGUGCUCAACAAAGCCGCCGACCGUUUGUUGAAACAUGGCAGUGGAUCAGCUGGUGCCACUCUGCAUUUGGACGUGAGCGAGAUCCCAUGCUUGUCAUGCCUCGGUGCCUUGCGACAGUUCCAGAAGGCCUUUCCGGAGGUCUCGCUGCGGGCGUCCUUCAGCAUCCGCAAGGUCUGCGAGAUCUCGGAGGACUGUUCCGGCGACCUCGACCGGCCGUUGCCGAUGCCCGGGCGGCCGGCGACGGACUUGCCACGGCCCUCGCCGCAGGAGGUGCUUGACAAUCGAGGGCGCGGGCGGCCCAUGUCUUCCAUGGCCGCACCACCAGCGGUCCGCCGGAAGCUACGACGGCCACCGGACCCCGAGGCACCUAAGGCCGCCGCCUUGGCCCUCAACGGCGCUCGCACUUCAGCCGUGAACGGCGACGAGGUGAAGAAGAGCCAGGAUCCGGCUCAGCCGCUGAAUGGAACGAAGGGUACGAAGAUCCAGGAGGCACGGCCUAUCUCCAUGUAUGAGCAGGUGAAGCGCAAGGAUUGGGCGCAGUCCUUCUACUGA